UGGGGUAAACAGAUGACGUCACAUGUCCGCGACAACCGAAUAGUCUUCUCUGUGGUGGUGUGAUGGAGGCGUGCAGUAUUUCCAACCUUAAAUUGAGAGAGUUCGGUUGUGAACAGAGCUUACUCUCUCGGCCGGACGGUUCAGCUUCUUUUAUUCAAGGAGAUACAAGUGUGUGUGCUGGAGUGUAUGGCCCAGCUGAGGUCAAGGUCAGCAAAGAGAUCUAUGACAGGGCCACACUGGAGGUUCUAAUACAGCCCAAAGUGGGAUUGGCAGGUGUCAGAGAGCGAUCACAAGAGCAGUGUGUGCGAGAAACCUGUGAAGCAUCUCUACUGUUGUCACUUCACCCUCGCUCCUCCCUCACCCUUGUUCUUCAGGUGAUUCACGAUGAUGGAUCUCUAUUGUCUUGCUUUUUAAAUGCAGCCUGUAUGGCUCUAAUGGAUGCUGGUCUGCCAAUGAGUUGCCUGUUCUGUGGUGUCACGUGUGCCAUCAGUGCAGACGGUCAGAUAGUUACAGACCCCACAGCUGCUCAGGAAAAGGAAAGUCGGGCUUUGAUGACCUUUGCGAUUGACAGCACAGAACGAAACAUAUUGAUGUCAUCAACCAAAGGAUCUUUUUCUGUUCAUGAGCUACAGCAGUGUAUAGUUGUCAGCCAGAAAGCCUCAGAGAAGAUGUUCCAGUUCUAUCGGGAUUCUGUAAAACGGCGAUACUCCAAAUACCUCUGAUCAACGAGCUCAAUUUUGAACCUUUUUUUGUAUAGAAAAAAAAAAAUUAAAUUGAUAUAACCAUCAA